GGUAAAAUUAAAUUUGAAUUACUUGUUAGGAAAAGCCAGACAUUAACCAGCUUUAAGGUUACCUGUAGUCAAUUAAGUAUCGACACCUCAAAACAAGUUAGGAAACUACUAUACGACAACUUCGACAUUAUAGUCAAAGAUCAUUCAUUAGGUACCCCCUCAUAUCUAGAUUUGCAUAUAUAUACGGACCAUGUCGGUAUAUGCUUCUAAUUCAGCAGCUGUGGCCCAACAGCAACAACAGCAACAGCAACAACAACAAGCUGUAGCCGCUCAACAACAACAAGCAGCUCAGCAAAGACAACAACAUCAACAAAGAUUGAAUGAGUUGUUGGAUGCAGUCAAGCAAGAAUUUGAUUAUGCAUUAAAUGAAGCUUCAAAUUUCAAACAAGUUAAAGAAGAUUAUGACUUGAAGUAUAGUCAACAAACAGCAGAAAUGCAACAAAUUAGACAAACUGUUUAUGAGUUAGAAAUGGCCCAUAGAAAAAUCAAAGAAGCUUACGAAGAAGAAAUUUUGAGAUUAAAGACAGAAUUGGAAAAUAGAGAUAGACAAGUUCAAAUCCAGCAACAGCAUCAACAACAACAGCAGCAACAACAGCAUCAACAACAACAACAACAACAGGCAGCAGUUGCAGCUCAACAAAAGUCUAAUGGGUUAAACUAUGGUGGCUAUCAACAAUCUCCGGUUCAACCACCUGCCGUAGCAGCUGCAACACAACCAAGUGCUGUUACAACUCAACCUGCUACUCAACAAUUACCACCUCCAGUUCAACAAUCUCCUCCUAAACAAGAAGUUAAACCUAUUGUUCCUAAGACUGAAGAAUCAAAUGGUGUAUCUUCUACAUCUACUGCAUUGACAGUAAUUGAUAAAUCUCAAUAUAUUGUUAAUCCAACUCAAAGAGCUUUACAUGUUAAAGAGAUUCCUCCAUUUUUAUCAGAUUUAGAUGUUUCUAAAGCUAAUCCUGAUUUUAAAAAGCAAAAGAUGGAAUAUUAUGUCUUGUAUAAUCCUGCUUUUAGUCGUGAUUUAGAUGUUGAUUUAAUUCAUUCAUUAGAUCAUUCAUCAGUUGUUUGUUGUGUACGUUUUUCAAAAGAUGGGAAAUAUAUAGCUACUGGAUGUAAUAAAACUACUCAAGUUUUCAAUGUUGAAACUGGUGAAUUAGUUGCUAAAUUAAUUGAUGAUAAUAAUUCAAAUGAUACCAUUACAAAUGGUGAUGGAAAUAAAAAUAGUAAUGGAAAUGGAGUUAAUGAUUCUACUGAUUCUUCAACUGCUGGUGGAGCAGGAUCUUCAACUGCUGCUAAUGGUGAUUUAUAUAUUAGAUCAGUAUGUUUUUCACCAGAUGGAAAAUUAUUAGCAACUGGUGCAGAAGAUAAAUUAAUUAGAAUUUGGGAUUUAAGUACAAAAAGAAUCAUUAAAAUUUUAAGAGGUCAUGAACAAGAUAUUUAUUCUUUAGAUUUCUUCCCUGAUGGUGAUAGAUUAGUUUCUGGAUCUGGUGAUAGAACUGUUAGAAUUUGGGAUUUAAGAUCAUCUCAAUGUUCUUUAACUUUAUCAAUUGAAGAUGGAGUUACUACAGUUGCUGUAUCACCAGAUGGACAAUUAAUUGCAGCCGGUUCUUUAGAUAGAACUGUCAGAGUUUGGGAUUCAACUACUGGAUUUUUAGUUGAAAGAUUAGAUUCUGGUAAUGAAAGUGGUAAUGGACAUGAAGAUUCGGUUUAUUCUGUUGCUUUUACAAUUAAUGGUAAACAAAUUGCUUCUGGUUCAUUAGAUAGAACUGUUAAAAUAUGGAAUUUAGAAGGUAAACAAGAUCCUCAAUCUAAUAAUAAAAAAUCGAGUUGUGAAGUUACAUAUAUUGGUCAUAAAGAUUUUGUUUUAUCGGUAUGUUCAACUCCAAAGAAUGAAUAUAUUCUUUCUGGUUCAAAAGAUCGUGGAGUUAUCUUCUGGGAUCAACUUUCUGGUAAUCCAUUAUUAAUGCUUCAAGGUCAUCGUAAUUCCGUUAUUUCUGUGGCUGUAUCAUUAAAUUCUCAAGGUACUGAAGGUAUAUUUGCUACUGGUAGUGGUGAUUGUAAAGCUAGAAUAUGGAAAUGGACUAGAAAAUAAUUGUAAUUGAAGUUGAGUCAACAUUCACUAAUUAAUUAAACAAUUAAGUAAAGACCAUUAUCAUAUAGAUUGCCCAAACAGUGUACCAUUACUACUAGUUAAUACUAGUUAUUUCUAGCUAAUGUCGGAUCUUAUUAUUAUUAUUAUUUUUUUUUUAAAAAGACGACAUGCGCUACCAGUCGGUCGACAAUUGUCUGCAUUUAUUGUUAAUAUUAUUUUAUGUCUGUCUGUCUCUCUCUUAUUAUUUACUGUUGUUGUAUGUUAUACUUAUUUCUUUCUUUUUAUCACCCCCUCCACCUCCUCCCAUCAUGUACUCUGCCUUUAUAUAUUUCUUUGUAUGUAUUGUAAUAAUAUAAGUUAGUUAUACGAAUUGCUAUACGAC